AUGCCGAGCUUACCAGCGUCCGUCGACUUGGACGAGUGCAUCUCGCGCCUCUACAAAAAGGAACUUCUGGCAGAGUCGGUCAUCGAAGCAAUAUGCGCCAAGACGAAAGAACUACUUAUGCGCGAGAGCAAUGUGGUCCACGUGCGGGCUCCUGUCACCGUAGUAGGCGACAUCCACGGCCAGUUCUUCGACCUGAUCGAGAUAUUCAAAAUAGGGGGCUUCUGCCCUGAUACGAAUUAUCUCUUUCUAGGCGACUAUGUCGACCGCGGCAUGUUCAGCGUAGAGACGAUUUCGCUCCUUGUUUGCUUAAAAUUACGAUACCCCAACCGUGUGCAUUUGAUACGCGGCAACCACGAAUCGCGAGGCGUCACCCAGUCAUACGGGUUUUAUACUGAGUGUUCUAGGAAAUACGGAAAUGCCAAUGUGUGGCAUUAUUUCACAGACAUGUUUGAUUUCUUGACUCUGAGUGUUGUCAUUGACAAUCAGAUAUUCUGCGUACACGGUGGCCUGUCGCCAUCAAUCCAUUCCAUUGAUCAAAUCAAAAUCAUAGAUCGUUUCCGCGAGAUCCCCCACGAAGGGCCGAUGGCGGAUCUAGUAUGGUCGGACCCGGACCCCGAACGAGACGAAUUCUCCCUCUCACCCCGCGGGGCAGGCUAUACCUUCGGAGCCCAGGUAGUCAAGAAGUUCCUGGCCGUGAACAACAUGUCUCAUAUUCUGCGGGCACAUCAACUCUGCCAGGAAGGUUUCCAAGUGUUAUACGACGACAGGCUUAGCACUGUGUGGAGUGCCCCGAACUACUGCUAUAGAUGUGGUAAUAUGGCUAGUGUGCUGGAGGUGAGCGACAACGGAGAGAGGUUCUUCAACGUCUUUGCGGCAGCACCUGAGAACGACCAGCACAAAGACAUACAGCCGGGAAAUGAAAAGGUCGCCGAUGGCAAUGCUCUGCCGGAUUAUUUUUUGUAG